AAAUCUUAGCUAUGAGAUUCUGUUUACUGUUAGCUGGGGCUUGUGUCGCAAUCACGAAAAUUUAAAACUUUACGCUCUGCCUCCUGCCCAGCUCGUAUAAAUCUACGCAUCUCAUCUGAUGCGGAAGUGAGUCUCUUCAACCAACCAAACAAACCAAAGCCCGAUGGCCAUCAUCAAGCAGUCCCUCAUUGUCCUAGUGCUGCUCAUAUGCGGAGCAGGCGGCUCCACCACACCGGCGCCGGCGCCGGCGCUGCUGACGCAGGACAAUCUGUGUGUCGGCAUAAGCACGUCCAACGAAGACCUGGCCUGCGUCGCCAACGUCGCACUCGGGUGCUUCGCCGAGAAUGCCGUCACCAACGAGGCUACCUUCACGCCAUGCUUCGUCCUCGCCGCCGGCAGGGAAUGCUUGGCCAAGGAUAAGGAGGAGCCCAACAAGGAGCACUGCAUCGGCCUAGAGAUCAGCAAGCAGCUGCUGCGAUGCCUUGGAGAUAGCGCCUGGACCUGCUACAACAGCAUCACGGGGUACAUCCCUCCCGUCUUCAUCGCGUGCUUCCAAGGCAGAGCCCUCAUUUGCAACCCACAGUGAUCGUUGUCAGGAUUUUCAUCCCAUCAGCUGCACCAUGAUCAACUGCUUGCUUGCCGACAAUAAAGGGGUUUGUGUGUGUGAUUUAGUAUAUGGUACUAGUAAUAUGGUAUGGUUGUGCCAUAUUUCUCGGAUUUUUGUUUUGAUGAUUGAUGAUGAUUUCGCUGGAAAAAGAAAAUAGAGUGAGAAGCAUUGAGCCUUCCUUGUACUGAUCUCAUCAAAAGGAAGCUGGAAAUGGAGAACAAAAGAAUGGUUGGUUGUAUAAGCACGGGAUUGAUUGAUUGAUUGCUGCGUGCUUUUAUUCCAUUCUCAACUUGUACUGUAGCGCAUUAAUUGAUAUAUACUCCGUACUCCCUUUGUUCCUAAAUACUCACUCCGUCCCUAAAUAUAAGUAUUUUUUAAGAUUC